CAUCGGCUUCUUUCUAAUCUGUGCUACUCCUACCGCUCUUACCACGCUUCGCUUUAUCUCAAGGGCGAAUCUCGAACUUCUGCUCUUGGCCAUCGCACGGCAUUCGAUCAGGAAGAAAAAUUGAUGAGAUGGAGAAGACCGACCCGCCAUCCCCAGCGCCGUCUAACAGCAAUGCACAUCCCUCUGCCACCGCCGACGAUGUGCUCCAGAGCCAAUUCCAGCAGCUCAUCCAACAUAAUGCAUCAACGGCACCUGUCGAUGUGGACAGCCAUAUAAGUUCACAUCCGCAUUCGCGGUACUCUAGUCCGGCACCGCAGCAGCAGCAGCAGCAGAUGGUCAUGCCAAUGUAUGACCACGGCUCUCCCUACUCAAGCGCCCCUCCGGCCUCUACAUAUAGCAGCGGUUACCAUCAACAGAGUUACCAGAUGGAGCCAAGCCCGUAUCCGCAAUUACCUGAUACAGGUUCAUCAAUGACUCCUCACAAUGCCUAUAGCACUCCUGCGACAUCACCGCCGACACCAAUGCAAUCAGACGGCAUAAUGACUCGAAGUGGAAGAGCUAUUAGCCGUGUGCACGGCAGCACACCAGUGCUUGGCCCGCGACCAUCGCGAGUCGUAAAACGAUCGCCAAAGCCAGAAUCUGAGGCGAGUGUAAAAUCAGGCGCAGGCGCCAAGGCGAAAAAGAAGAGAAGGGGAAAGGGAGUAGGGGACGAACCGGCCGUGGUGCUAGAAGCGCCACUGAGUGUGCUGGUGAAGGAUAUUAGCACGGUGCAGGACACCAAUAUCGAGGAGUACGUGAACAGAUUACCGGAGGUGCGGCAGGCCGAAGUUCGAGACUCGAAGGAAGGCAAAAUAAAGCGACCGAUGAAUGCUUUUAUGUUGUACCGAAAAGCCUACCAGAACCGCACCAAGGAAUGGAAGAAACACGACAAUCACCAGGUCAUCUCUCAAGUCUGCGGCACGAGCUGGAACAUGGAGUCGCAGGAAUUGCGUGACCAGUAUGACGGCUGGGCCAAGAUCGAGCGCGCCAACCACAAGCUUGCCUUCCCUGACUACAAGUUCGCGCCCGCUAAGGCGAAGAACAAGAAAAACGUCGUUACUACAACCAGGGGCGCUACUGGCGACUCGGAUGACGACGGUUCCGACCUGGAGGGGUAUGAGUGGGACAUUAGUGCGCCGCCGUCGCGAAACGCGUCGAGGGCCGCGAGACCCAUGUACGACCCAGACGCGGAGUACCGGCCGCCAGGGAUGCGAGCGGCGUACCCGACGUAUCACCAAUCACCGGUAGCACACCACAGGGGACUCCAAUACCCAGCACACCAAUCCUCAUUCCAGUACUCGAACCCGGGCAAGCCGCGGCCAUCCGACUACGGGGCCGGGCUGGGCCAGAAUCAGUACUACCAGCAGACGAGCGAGUUCAGGCCGAGUUACGGCCAUCCCAUGGCGGCGUAUGGCGGCGGCCCGAUGCAGGGUCAGAUGCAUUCGUUCGUCGAGAAUGUAUUCAUGAACAAGGCGAACUCGCCCGCGGGAUCUUACCACAACCCAUCACCGGUCGAUCAAUACGGCGAGUUUAUGGGGUCCGCGUACCCGCCACCGCCGCAGCACCCAGCCCAACACCAGGUCGCCAUGCCGCAUCCGCGCGCGCUCUCGCGCGUGAACGAGCACCAGAUAGACCCUUCGCUCAUGGGACACCAAGGCGGCGCGCACCAAUACGAUGCCCUAGGGAUCUUGGGACUAGGGGAUCAUAACGAUGGCGGGGUGCAGUACUCGCUCGACCACGGGGCGCUAGGUGGACACGCCGGCUCAAGCUCCGCCGUCAUCGACGACAGCGUCAACCAUCACAGUCAGCAGCAGUUCGAGCAGGCGUUCCACCAGCAGUCGAACGUCGACGCGGGCGCCGAGACCUCGUGGCACGACGAGCCGUCCAUGCACUUAUCGUCGCUGCACGACGUGUCGUCGAAGAUGGACAGCGGCGAGUGGGAGACGACGUUAGAGGGCACGGAUUUCGAUAUCGACGGGAUCCUAGGCACGACCGAUAGCCCCGGGGGAUAGAUCUUGAGGAAUCAGUAAUAAGGAGAAUAGGAUAGAAGAGAGGGUGGGCGGUAUAUUGAUUUAAGGGAAUUGGAUGGCAAUAUUAAGGUCCAACAUACCUUUUUGUAUUUAAGUUUGUGAUGAUGCUU